UCGACGUCCCACGUUCGUUUGGUACGGAGUGUUCGUGCGAUUUUUACGUUUUUGAUCUGUAGUUUUUAUUAUGCACGGUGAAAUACCAAAUCUAACGAGAUGCUGUUUUUGUGUACCUCUAAGAUAUGGCCUUCUGGUAUGGUCAUAUGUCAAAUUGAUCGCUACGAUAGUAAGUCUAGGAACGAUUCUCGUCUGGAUUCCCCUGUUAGUGUGGUUUCUAAUCCUUGGUCCUGAAGGAAUAUGUAUUAUCGCUAUAUUUGUGCUUGCACUAGUUAUACUGUUAUUUGAUAUUAUAUUUAAUAUCGCUUUCAUUGUCGGCCUGCACAAGAAAAAUACAACUUUAAUAAGAAUUUAUUGGCGCUUCGGAAUCGCGUAUACAAUUGCAUUGAUAAUAUUCUUCAUGCUGGUUGGUGGAUUUUUAAUCUGUGAUAAUUCUAUGAGGGUAGACGAAAAGUUAUUAGAGUCAAUGGCGAUAUUCUCGUCUGGUGUUAUUGCUGUCUUAAUUAUACAUGGGUAUGUUAUGUUAUUAAUAAGGAGUGAACUUCGAAAGCUCAAAAGUGACACUCAUUUCGAAUUCGAGAAUCAUGUCACUGACCCCGUGUGUGUUAUGAAGGAGGCAGAAGUCAUAGGAAAAUAAAUAAAAACAUUUGUUUUCCCCGAUGGGCUGAUUGACCCAAUGGUAUUUUUUCCCAUUGGGUCGUUGCAAUCGGCCUUGUGGGAUACUAAUACUUUAUUUAUUUUAAUGUAUGUAUUAUUUAAAAUAAGAUAUAGGUAUAAUUUUAGUUGAUAACUGAUUUAUUUAUUACUAAAAGUUUAAUUUUAACUGUUUAGUUUAAAAAUAAGAUUAAU